AUGGCUCAUAAUACUAGUCUCGUCAUAGUUCUACUUCACAUAUUUGCUUUGUCAUUUCUGAACAUUCUUGUAAUAGGCAAUGGUUUCGAGAGUGGUGAGAUCAGCUGCUUGAGGUCCAUUAAAGAGUCACUAGAAGACCCUUACAACAAAUUCAAACAUUCAUGGAACUUCGGCAACACCAUGAUUGGUUUCAUCUGUAAAUUUGCUGGGGUCGGUUGCUGGAAUGAUGUAGAAAACAGGGUUUAUUCUAUCGAACUCAGUAACAUGAGGCUCAAGGGCCAGUUCCCUCGGGGAAUCCGUAACUGCUCAAAUUUGGGCAUUCUAGACCUCUCAGGGAACGACCUUACAGGCACCAUACCAUCUGAGAGAUUCUGGCUCAUGUUUCUGACAGUCCUCGAUCUCUCCUUCAACAAUUUUUCGGGUGAAAUCCCGAAGAGCAUAGUGAAUUGCACUUAUUUGCAUGUCCUUCGACUUGACAACAACCAGCUAACAGGACUUAUUCCUCCAGAACUUGUCCUGCUAUAUAGGAUAAAAAACUUCAGUGUUGCUAACAAUCGGUUGUCAGGGCCGGUGCCUAUGUUUUACAACCUUACCUUUCCUGCAGAAAGCUAUGCAAACAAUCCGGGACUUUGUGGGGCUCCAUUGGACCCAUGCAUGGCUGCUCCUGCGAAGUUUCAUGUUCUCUUCAAACAAGGAUUUUUGGUAGGCUGGGUUUUCUCUACGGUGUCGGUAGUGGUGGUUAUAUUUCUUUAUACUCCCUGGGUGCCUUUACUGAAUGCGACAACCAAGAACAACAAAAGAAUGAAAGAAGCAAUUGAUGGAAGCCAAGGCUCCGCAACAACCGAAAGAAGCAAGAACGUAAAGAUUUCUCAAUUGGAGGGAAUGAUUACUAGAAUGAGCUUUACAGAACUUAGAGAGGCAACUGGCAACUUCAACACACAUAAUUUCAUUGGGUUGGGAAAGAUUGGGAUAAUGUACAAGGCAGUGCUUCCAAAUGGUUGGCCACUUGCAGUUAAGAGGUUCUAUGAAUCUCCAUCUUUUGAAAAGCAAUUUGUAUCUGAGCUAUUUGCUCUUGGUAGAUUGAGACACAAUAACCUAGUUCCCCUCUUGGGGUACUGCAAAGAAAGGAAGGAAAAGCUUUUGGUGUACAAAUAUAUAUUGAAUGGUAACCUUUAUGAUUGGCUACAUGUAAUGGAGGGCAAUGAUAAGAUCUUGGAGUGGCAUUUGAGGAUUAAAAUUGCAAUUGGGAUAGCAAGAGGCCUAGCAUGGCUUCACCAUAAGUGCGAUUUUCGUGUAGUCCAUCUUAACUUGAGUUCUACAUCUAUCUUACUAGAUAAGAAUUUUGAGCCCAAGAUAUCAAAUUUUGGAGGGGCAAAAAUAUCAAGUUCUGAUGGGGCCUUGUUCUUGGAUUCUAUUGACAUUGACUCAAGCAAUAGCUCUUUUGUAGACAGUGGAGUUUGGGAGUUGGGUUUUGUUAAAAAGGAUGUGUAUGACUUUGGAAUUUUACUGCUUGAGCUAAUUAUAGGAAAGGAACCCAUUGAAAUCAAUAAUUAUUCGAAAAGUUCGAAUGGGAGUUUGCUUGACUGGAUUACUCAUCUUUUGACUAGUUCUUCUAAUCUCUACAGUGUCAUUGAUAAAUCUUUGAUUGGCCGAGGGUUUGAUGGUGAAAUCUUUCAGUUACUUAGAAUUGCAUGUAUGUGCCUGAACCCUUUUCCUGGUCGAAGGCCUACAAUGCUUGAAUUAUACACUAAAAUUAGUAUUUUGGGGGAGAGACAUGGCAUCACAAAUGACACUAAGAUAUUGAGUCAAUUUGAAAUUGCUACUCCAAGUACCUCAAAUGAAAUUGUUGAGGUAGAAAUUACGUAGACCAACUGAAGUAUGAUAUGCAAAUUGUAACUACUGUAUUGAGAAAAAUAUGUAACAUUUUAAUUUGCUGCGGUCCGGAUGUUGUUAACUUGGGCUCGUAUGCUUGCUGUAAUCUUUUUUUGUUGUAAAAAAAGCAAAUAACUAUAAGUUGUAUUGAAUCUAUAUAUAAUGGCAAAUAAAGUCAUAUAUAUGCAUCAGA